AAAAGCAACAACAUUGUCUGGCACUGGAUGACCAAGAAGAUCAAUUCAAGACAACGAGCAGCCUGAAUAUACCUUGUGUGUCAAAGCUAGCUCUCCCCCAAUGUGCGAGAUCAAUCUGAGAUCUACCUUUUGAACCCGUCUAGCUCGUUAGCGUGUGAUACGACUAUGUUUGCGCCGAAAGCUGCAACGUCUGCAGCAUCCCUACGAAACCCGCGAAGACGCCAGCGUACAAGCUCUGGCGAGUCUAUAAAGCCACCAAAUGCUAAAAGAUCGUUGGAGCACCCUACCCCGACUGGCCCAGGUGAUGCAGACGCUACACUUACGAGCGAUGGUGAUAUCCAAAGGAGUAUCCCGAUAAGGACGACGAAGAAACACGAGAAGCGAAAGGGUGACACCAUCAACCCCGUCGUAUUAUCCAAAACAGAUUUCUAUACAGUGUCACAGCUGCCGUCCCUUCCAGAUCAGAUCCGUAGCCUUCAGCCAGAGCCUAGCAGAUGUUACUUCGCGUCAUGUCAAGGGUAUGGGCUUGUUAUUACGCAUUCUGAGGCCAUCAUUUGGCCAUACUCGGUCUUGACCUCGUCACCCUCGCCAGCGGACGUGUUUCGCCUUCCGAUACCUGAAAAGUACAGUGAUGCCAGUGAUAUAGCACCUCUUGGGGUUAUCUUAUCUACUGCAACUAGCCCUAUUCCGGGAUUGAUGCUCUUAAUGCCUCAUACUGGAAGGAUCAUAUACUGGGAAACUGUGUCUUGCGCCGCAUCUCUAGGCCUUCCGAGACAAAAGCAAACAGGGCUCCAGGGUCAUAUUUCGGGAUUGCUCUCGGGUGAAUAUGCCACAGAUAUCGUGAAUGGAGAGCCUUCCGGUGUCAUGGUCACAUUCUCAUCCGGACGAGUGGCGCAUGUGACCUUGAGAGACUCCCAAGGUAAACCAGCCGUGACUGUGAACUUUUUGAGGAAUUCAUCCAACAGUGGCGGCAUCGGGUUCUUUGGCGGUAUUAAAAACGUGCUUGGGGGUGGGUUCUGGAGAAAGAAAGUCGCCGCAGUGCGUGCGGGCGAGUCUUGCCAACGUGGACAACGAGAUAUCAUAAUUGCGACCUCGGCUGGUUUGGUGGAGAUAUGGGACACACACUGGAACAACGGCAGUAUCUUGAAAAGGCAAUUCGACAUCAAAGAGGACCUGCGUAGGUCUCUCACAGUACACAGCCUGGACCUGAAUGAUAAUUGUGAUGUAAAAGUCUGGGAUCUCGCGUUUUCUACUCACAAACAAAAUCUCGAUGAUCAGCAGAGAGACAGCGGGCAAUCGUGGCAAGUUGCAGUCUUGGUGGGCCUAUUCUCCGGGUCAAAUCUUCGCGGCAUAUUUGUUGUCCAGCUGAGUCUCUCGGAAAGCAUUUGCGUCUCAUCCACCAACCCUAUCAGUCCGCAUACAAUACCCACGGCCAUAGAAGAUUUGCGACCUCGUCUAUUUAUUCCACGGCCUGGUGAAACAGCGUUCAUCGUGCUAGGUCAAUCGGUCAUAUUGCUAUCAUUAGUGGGCGUCGGAGCAUCACCCAGUUCGCAACUACUCAUUGACAAUGGGCAACCCCAGUCCUUUCAUGAUUCAAUCAACUUUCGUUCUGGAAAGGAGUACGAGAUCUUAGGUACUGGAUUCGAAGAUGAAGGUGACGGUGUUUCGUUUCCUGCCUGUUUGGUCAUGAUUCGAGACUUUGGUGUCAUCCGCAUUUCAGCUCUUCCUCGGCAGGAAGCUGCAAGCUGUUCGGAAAAUGCACAGAUCACUGCUCAGCACAAGCUUGAACAAGCGGUCUUCUACGGUACUCUACUAGGGAACCCGCUCAAUCUGUCAAGUAAAGGCGAUCUGAACUUCCCUAUCAAGGAGAUUGAGGAAGCCACUGUGGAAAUCUGCCGAGGAUUACUCCGGUCCUCCUCAAAAUUCAUCCCAACCACAGCCAUCUCUGUUGAUCAGAAUCUGAAGCUGCGCGCAAAGGCCCUGGAUGAUCUUUGCCGCCUCUUGCUGGAACAGAAUAAAAUUCUUGACCGUCGCAUCUGGUGGGAAUUAUUAUGGAGCGCAGAGAAAAUUGCGGCCCAAAGGGCAAUCUGGAAAUUGGAAGAGAGCGCCAGAAAAUCCAAACUCAGUGGGCCGACGUUCCUUGCCCAUGUUCUGUCAUCAAUGAGCGAUAAGUUCAAAACGAAGCCCGAGCAACGGGGUGAGUUGAGUGAUCCAGUACGCCAUUGGUUUCUAUACGACACCUAUCGAAUGGAGCACAUCGUACCCUGGAUUUUCCACGCGAUAAAACCUCAAAAAGGCAACGCCUCAAAACAACUGCGCCGAAUGUCGGAACACAUACUAGAGGCAAGUGAGCUCUCUUUGGCGGUGUUGGAGACAGCAUUCAAAUACCGAGAUGAACAUGCGAGCAGGUUUGGGAUAGGAGACGGUUACUUGGAAGACGGAGUCUUGAUAACCGGUUAUGAAGACCUCCCAGAAUUCUGGACCUCGUACAGCAUCAGUUAUUCUGAAACAGGACACUUGUUGGAGGUGGAGCUCGAGAGCUGUAGGGCGUGGAUACAGGCGUCAACAGGCACCGAUACAUCUGACCCGCAACUUAUUAGGAAGGUCGCGCGGAACAGCGCUCGGCAUCUCCGGGUUCUAGGUCAAAUGCACCUGGAACGCACACGAUGGCUUUCGGCCCAAGAAGAUCAGAAGCUGGUUGACGAAGCUAUCGCCAUCAAGCAGUCACACACUAAGCAGCGAAGGUGGCAUCUGUUCAAAUUAGCGGGCAUCGGACAAUUGGAUGACGCUAUAAACAUUGCCGAGGGUUUCAGGGAUAUGACUGCUCUAGUAGAGCUCAUUAUUGAACUUCAAGACCAAAGAAAGGGCGUUAUGUUCGCUCAAGACGUCUCUGAAGACUCUUCUAGUAGCAGUCAGACGGCGUCUACGGAACUCGAAAUGAAAAUAACGCAAUAUUUCGAGAAGUUUGGCGACUCAUGGGCUGACGCCUUCUUUACUCGGCAGAUUUCAAUGGGUCAAUCCGGGAUCCUGUUUUCGAUGGCAAAAUUCCAGCCCUUCGUCACUCGGUUCUUGCACAAGAAUCCCGCUUAUUCAAAGCUUAGUUGGAUAAAUGAUGUAGUCGGCGACGCCAACUACGAAUCCGCUGCUAAGGCAUUGGAGAACCUAGCACUUGAACAAGAGCAGGAUAUCUGGAGUCACCGAGUCGAACUUUCUUUGGCAAAGCUCGCCAACUUAGCAACGUGGGAGAAGCAGGGUGCUUCGAAAUCCCAGCCCGUGCAGGACAAUGUCAAACGCCUUGAGGACCUUGCUGAGAUGGGUGCUGUUCAAGAAGUAAUAUACGCACACAUCUCGCCUAUAUUGCAAGGCGCCAUCGAUGAAAAGGCCGAAAUCGACCUAGCAAUUGACCAUUUCGCGAUCUCGAUUGCUGAAGACCGGCCUUCAUUACAUGAGUUACUUGGAGAGGCUUUGGCUGGGGUGGUGUCUCGAAGAGUCAUGAGCCUCGACCAACUCGUCGAUCUAUUGACACUAAUGGACCUCGGUCAGGACUCAGACUCUGGCCAGAAUGAUUUCUCUGGAAGGGAAUUUUAUCUCGCCCUGCGUGUUGUUCGACUUGGUCUCUACGCUAAAGGCGAUCCGAAUUAUAGCCUUGCUCUCCAAAAACUCGUGUGGCGGAGGUGCGUAAUUGGUGAUAACUGGGAUGCUACAGGCAAGGCAGUUGAGCAGAUGGGUAGCGACUCUGAAACGCUCUUCUACACGACAUCACUGUUCCGUACCCUUGUUCUCUGCCUCAAAGACAGGCAAACUGAGGAUAGUCAUAUUGCUCCGCUUUAUCUUCCGACUUCUCCAGAGGAGGUGCUACUGAACGACUCCGACGCCGCCCUUUUAGCAUCCCGUUUUCGUCCAGAGCAGCGAGCUCGGAUCAUUCAGGAUCUUGAACAUGAGAAUUCCAUUCUCAACAGGUAUAUCGAAAAGGGGGGGCUUGGAUUCUGGUUCAAAAACCUCCUUGCGUCGGCGGAGAAAGUAACGACAAAUUCGAUCAGCUCCGAAGCUCUUCCACAGCCCGUCAGCGAUGCGGAACUCAAAGAAGAUUUCUCCAAUGAGACAGGAAGCUCGUUUCGGAAAGAGCGGCUUAGCUGGCUUUAGAGAGGGGGCGGAAUUAGUGCAACUAUCUUAGAGUAAUUCAAUCCAUACUCGUACCGCUCUAUCUCGACUCGGGUUACUGUACAUGCAUCCGCUACAUCAAGAAGCUGACUCAAUUCGAAGCAUUCAGUCCGACAUUGUAAAUAAACAUUUCGCAAUUCAGUCGACAUCUACUCUUUGACAGGGAACAUCACUUAGCACGAGGGUCUGAAGAGACACCUAUCUUACUGUGUAUGCAGCUGCGCGACGAAGGGUGUUCAAUAACUUUAGCCAGCGAUAUUAUUCUUGAUGAUGAUGGAUGCCAGUCCUGUUCACGUCGAAACGUGCACACAUCAUAGCAAAUCCAUCCAUCUACUCCGCAGCCACGUUCCUGUCACCAGAUUUGUCAAUCUCGCCGCUCACCCCGCUACUAGCACUAUCGACUUUGAUCACUGGUUCCCCAUCAAUGCUAGUCUGGGUCACUGGGCCAUGCAGAUCUUCUUCAAAGACUGGUUCAGGCUCGACAGUCUCAAAUUUGGUCUUGAACCCCGAGAUUCCCUGAAGACUGCUAUUCGAGUGGCGCCGGGUGUUCAUGAAAGUGUAUGCAUAAUCUUGGACUUCCUCGCCGGAUCGUCCCCUGGAAAGAGAAGGUUAGCCAGAUCUCGCAGCGUAGGAACCGAAAGUCUAUCGGGUGACCGCGACAUGGAACUCAAAUAGGCUGAUGGCGGGAACAGUGAAUGGGAAGCCCACCAGUUUCCUUUACCUCCCCCAUUCUUCUUGGUCUUUCGAGGAUCAGCAUCGACAGGGCCAGACUUCGCAAAAUAACGAGGUAUAUUCUCGCUGGGAGCGGUCACGCCGCUCGGGGUAGAGUGGUCACGAUCAUUGACUUUGUGUGAGCGUGUCACUGCGAGCCGGUCAGUGAUACAAGAAACAAUCAAUGCCACUCAAUGCAGUAUCGAUUGACGUAAGGGAGUGUAAACUGCCUAGAGUUGAACAGUGUCGUGAAGUUAUAGCAGAAAUACGGGAUCAUAAAAAGGACUAUCAACCGCAGUACGCACUCUUUGGACUAAUCAAGUGAGUCGCUCUGUGUGCAGUUGGUCGCGGAGAUAGAGUACUCUGCUUGACUCCUGGAUAGGUUCAUCAGCUGUGAAGCAGAAUGUGUCAAGAAGAUCGAGCUCAGUGAGGAUGUGGAGAGACAAGGAAGAGGAGAUGAAUGACUGGUAUAGAUGUUCGGCUUCGAGGGAGGUCAUAUGAUUACUGCGCUUCCUUGAAUGGUUCGGUAUCAAAUGUCUAGUGGCACAGCAACGCAAACUUUGCGUUCUAUAAGUGGAAAAGAAGAAUCCGAGCGACAGCUUAUUAAGGUAACUGGGAAAUGCAGCUUGUUGCUUGUUCAUAAAGUCACUCGCGCGUGCUUAAUGCCUCUCUGUUCUUCUAUCCUCUGCCCUCUGGUCCUUGCGGGGUGGAUACUGGGUAGUAUAAGAGAAAAGAACUCAUACCAGUUGACUAAGAGAAUAUGCGUGACAGCUCUCUGUUUGGAUUGAGUGAAAAGAGGACAGUGAUAGCCAGCUUAACUCGCAGACUUGAUUACUUGACAGUCAUUGAACCCCAGCAGGUGUCUCUUCGUCUGAGAAGGUCUUAGGUAACAGGCUCAUGACCUCAUAGCUUCGGGCUGUAUGCGGGGUAAAGUACCCGCCCUUCCUGCGAGAAGGUGUGAUCAAUUCCUUUAUUAUCGGCCUACUUACUGAUGAUUGGGGAGCGAUGGGAAUUAGACAGCCGUGAUCAUAUGACACGAAGAUGAGACGAAGGUGAGACGACCAUGUUGGCGUCUCUUCAGCUGCUCCUCUUUGCUCGGAUAGCAGAAACCCGUCCGACAGCUAGGUUGGGUUGAGCAGGGUUUUGCUCCACAUCAAUGAUGGCCUGGUGGCCAUAACCUAAGCAAUCCACGGAAGCCGCUUUUAGAACUAUGAGUUAGUAACGUAUACGAAAGUAGUAUGUGUAGGAUUGUACUCCGGAGUACAGACG